AUGGCUUUCACUCAACCGCGUCUACCACCUUUGCCAAGGGUGUUCUUCACCCUCGAUGACAAGUCGCCUCAAUCCCAAUCCCAGAGGACCCUCCGCCGCUCCAGCAGCUUCUCCGGAUACACUCCCUUCGAGCUCAGCGAUGCCAACUUCGAACUCGACUUGAGCCCUUGUGGAGACCGUGGCUGCGAAGUGGCUGAGACGGCCAUUGCGGACAAGUGUGGGCCAGGAGAGCCGCCGGUCCUUUGGCCCGACACCGAGGACGAGGAACCAAUGGGCUGGUCUGAGGCGCCCUCUGCGUCGGGAACGCUUGGGCCAGCAACCGAUGAGACGGAGAGCUGGGGAGGUGUCCCGGUUAUGGGCCUAUGGCUCUCACCGCUGCCCUCCAAAGAGGGCCCAGUUGCGGAAGCCAGUCUCGAUGAGACACCGAGCGAAGAUCACGAUCUCUCCGGCAAGGUGAAG